GCCUUUGCGGUUCCAACAUGGCGGAGCUGACGGUGGAGGUUCGCGGCUCCAACGGGGCUUUCUAUAAGGGAUUUAUCAAAGAUGUUCAUGAAGACUCCCUCACAGUUGUUUUUGAAAAUAAUUGGCAGCCAGAACGCCAGGUUCCAUUUAAUGAAGUUAGAUUACCACCACCACCUGAUAUAAAAAAAGAAAUUAGUGAAGGAGAUGAAGUAGAGGUAUACUCAAGAGCAAAUGACCAAGAACCAUGUGGAUGGUGGUUAGCUAAAGUUCGAAUGAUGAAAGGAGAAUUUUAUGUCAUUGAAUAUGCUGCUUGUGAUGCCACUUACAAUGAAAUAGUCACAUUUGAACGACUUCGGCCUGUCAACCAAAAUAAAACUGUCAAAAAAAAUACCUUCUUUAAAUGCACAGUGGAUGUUCCUGAAGAUUUGAGAGAAGCGUGUGCUAAUGAAAAUGCACAUAAAGAUUUUAAGAAAGCAGUAGGAGCAUGCAGAAUUUUUUACCACCCAGAAACCACGCAGUUAAUGAUACUGUCUGCUAGUGAAGCAACUGUGAAGAGAGUUAAUAUCUUGAGCGACAUGCAUUUGCGAAGUAUUCGUACAAAGUUGAUGCUUAUGUCCAGAAAUGAAGAGGCCACUAAGCAUUUAGAAUGCACAAAACAACUUGCAGCAGCUUUUCAUGAGGAAUUUGUUGUGAGAGAAGAUUUAAUGGGCCUGGCAAUAGGAACACAUGGUAGUAAUAUACAGCAAGCGAGGAAGGUUCCUGGAGUUACCGCCAUUGAGCUAGAUGAAGAUACUGGAACAUUUAGAAUCUAUGGAGAGAGUGCUGAUGCUGUAAAAAAGGCUAGAGGUUUCUUGGAAUUUGUGGAAGAUUUUAUUCAGGUUCCUAGGAAUCUUGUUGGAAAAGUAAUUGGGAAAAAUGGCAAAGUCAUUCAAGAAAUAGUGGAUAAAUCUGGUGUGGUUCGGGUGAGAAUUGAAGGAGAUAAUGAAAAUAAACUACCUAGAGAAGAUGGCAUGGUUCCAUUUGUAUUUGUUGGCACUAAAGAAAGUAUUGGAAAUGUGCAAGUUCUCUUAGAGUAUCAUAUUGCCUACCUAAAGGAAGUGGAACAGCUAAGAAUGGAACGCUUGCAGAUAGAUGAACAACUUCGACAGAUUGGUAUGGGUUUCAGACCUUCUUCCACCAGAGGGCCUGAAAAAGAGAGAGGAUAUGCCACUGAUGAAAGUACCGUCUCUUCUGUACAAGGUUCUAGGUCUUAUAGUGGAAGAGGCAGAGGUCGUCGGGGCCCUAAUUACACCUCCGGUUAUGGUACAAAUUCUGAGCUGUCUAACCCCUCUGAAACAGAAUCUGAACGCAAAGAUGAGCUGAGUGAUUGGUCAUUGGCGGGAGAAGAUGAUCGAGAGAGCCGACAUCAGCGUGACAGCAGAAGACGCCCAGGAGGACGAGGCAGAAGUGUUUCAGGGGGUCGAGGUCGAGGUGGACCACGUGGUGGCAAAUCCUCCAUCAGUUCUGUGCUCAAAGAUCCAGACAGCAAUCCAUACAGCUUACUUGAUAAUACAGAAUCAGAUCAGACUGCAGACACUGAUGCCAGCGAAUCUCAUCACAGUACUAACCGUCGUAGGCGGUCUCGUAGACGAAGGACUGAUGAAGAUGCUGUUCUGAUGGAUGGAGUGACUGAAUCUGAUACAGCCUCAGUUAGUGAAAAUGGGCUAGGUAUGUAAGCACUUCGGGAACAGGGUGUGUGUGUGUGUGUGUGUAAAAUUACACUGUUAAUGUAUGAACUUUUUUCAAAAAAUGUAUGCGGCUCACGAAGUGUUAACUUCAGUGAAACUAGAUAGCUUUUUGUCUGUCUAGUUUUCACAUUUGUUAAAUUAUUUGAAACUGGGUUUAUUACAUUACUUUUGAUGCCACUAAAUAUAGUGCAAGUAUUCAACUCUAUUGUCCCCAAACCAGAAUUGAGCUAUCACCUGUCUUUCUAAAAAGUAUUUUAAAUGACCUUAGUGGGAAGAUAUGUAAAUCAUAACUGAGCAUUAAUUUCCAAUGGGUUAAAAUGUCCUUUGUUGAAAAACUAUAUUGGAGAGAAACUAUCUCUGAAUGAAUUUUUAAGUAGUAAUUUAAGUCUGGGAGAUAGUUUAACAUAGCCAAAACCCUCUUAAUUUCCAGAUGAGAAUUCCAUUUUUAAUCUAUUUGGAAUGCUUAAAAGCUACAAAAGUAUCUAUGCUGUGAGUACUGUAUGUUUAAUCUUUGAUGUUUAAAUCUUUCUCCUUACUCUUUAAAUAAGGAAAGUUGUUUUAUGUUACUGUUUUUUUUUUGUUUUGUUUUUUGUUUUUACCUUUUUUGUUUGUUUUUUUGUCAGAAUAGUUCAUGGUAAACUUUGCCCUUACAGAUGAUAGUGAAAAAAAACCCCAGCGACGCAAUCGUAGCCGCAGGCGUCGUUUCAGGGGUCAGGCAGAAGAUAGACAGCCAGGUAACUAGAGUGGACCUGUUGAUACCAGGUCACAAGCAUGAAAAAAAUGUCAUGUGUCUGCAUUCUAAAUAUAUUUACAUGUUCACAUGUGUGCAUAUAUAUUCAAAAUUGGUGUGCAUAAAUUGUUUAUUUAACUAAUAAGACUACUAAAGAAAAAUGCAUUCUUUCCCCACAGUGUGAAUGUUGAGUAACUGGUCUAAGUGGACUAAUUUUACGUUUUUUUGUUUUUUUUUUUAACGUGGAAAUAUUGUUAAGACCAUAAUUUUAUUCACUUGGGAGGUUCAUCACACUUGAGAUGGAUCCUGCCAUCCCAGGGACUAUGUUGUAGAAUGUGAUUGAGGUUGAUUGACCUAAGUAGGUAGCUUUUGCAUGGUGCCUGCUUACUGGAUUUAACACCUCAUUUUUGUGGGGAUUUUCAUACUCACAGCUUAUAAAACAAAUAAAAAAAGGAAAAAUACUUAAGUGUCCUUUUCCUAAUAAGAGGAUGCAUGUUAUGUUUUUUAUUGUAGUGUGAUCCCUUUUCCUUCACAUCUACUAACUAAUGAGAUUAAUAGUAUUUAUUUAGUUUCAGUUAGUUACUGGCUAACUUUAUUUAGCCAGUAACUUUUAGUAACUGGAAAGAAAAUUGUUUGUUGUAUACAUUUUGAACCUAAUCUCAUCUCCUGUGUAUAGAGAUUUACAUGCAUAUUCACUAUGGAGAAAUUGUGUUCACUAGAAAUAAACCCUUUUCAAACUAA